CUGCACGACACAACAGGUUCCAACGACCUGACGGCGUCGCCCAUCAUGGAGAUCGACAGCGCUGAUACGAAGACGAUUUCUCGCAAAAACACACAUUCCAAUGGCGCCGUCCAGGUGAAGCGACGGACAGACCUCAUCCCGCGAGAGGAGCGGGAGAAGAUCCGCCGGCUCAGGGAGGCGAACAAGACGUACGGCCGCGGCAAGAACGUCAACCUGAAGGCAAUCAACGACAAGAAGCUGCGCAGGACCCUGACACGAAGCGAGCAAAAGUACCGCGACGCCACCAUCAAGGCCAAGGAUGCCGAGAUCCUGCUCGAGAACAGCGGCGGCUUCCUCGAGCCCGAGACGGAGCUCGAAAGGACGUACAAGGUCCGCCAGGACGAGAUCACCGAGGGCGUCAGCGCCACGACGGCGCAGAAGCGCUUCGAUCUGAAGCUUGAGGAACUCGGACCGUACGUUGCCGAGUACACCCGUAACGGCAGGGAAUUGCUGCUGGCUGGACGCAAGGGUCACAUUGCAACGUUCGAUUGGAGGGAAGGCAAGCUGGGUUGCGAGAUCCAGCUUGGGGAGACGAUUAGGGAUGUGCGAUGGCUUCACAACAACCAGUUCUUCGCAGUCGCCCAGAAGAAGUACACCUACAUUUACGACAGGAAUGGUGUGGAGAUUCACUGCUUGAAGAAGCACGUGGAGGUGUCACACUUGGAAUUCCUCCCCUACCAUUUCCUCCUUGGUACAGUGGCGGCGACUGGUUUUCUCAAGUACCAGGACGUCUCUACCGGAAACAUCGUAGCCGAAUUUCCCACCAAGCAAGGUCCACCGACGUCCCUGACCCAUAACCCUUGGAACGCGGUCCUCCACCUCGGCCACCAGAACGGCACAGUGUCUCUCUGGUCACCAAACCAGUCAGAACCCCUCGUCAAGUUGCUGGCUCACCGAGGUCCUGUGAGAUCAUUGGCUGUUGACCGUGAAGGUCGGUACAUGGUGUCGACGGGACAGGACUGCAAGAUGGCUGUUUGGGAUAUUAGAAUGUUCAAGGAGGUCAACAACUACUUCACAAGACAACCUGCGUCCUCAGUAGCCAUCUCGGAUACCGGUCUGACGGCCGUUGGCUGGGGCACUCAGACUAGCGUCUGGAAGGACCUGUUCCAGAAGAACGAGCCUGUUCAGCAGAAGGUGCAGAGCCCCUAUAUGGGUUGGGGUGGUGAGGGCAAGCGCAUCGAACGGGUGAGGUGGUGCCCCUUCGAGGAUGUCCUCGGAAUGGGUCACGACCAAGGAUUUUCAUCCAUCAUCGUUCCUGGCGCUGGAGAGGCCAACUUCGACGCCCUCGAGGUCAACCCGUUCGAGACUGCCAAGCAGAGACAGGAGGCCGAAGUCAAGGGUCUGCUGAACAAGCUCCGACCCGAGAUGAUCGCUCUCGACCCCAACUUCAUCGGAAACAUCGAUCUGAGGUCGGAGAAGCAGCGUCGGGAGGAGAAGGACCUGGAUGCCAAGCCCCUGUCGAUAGAGGAGGAGAUCCGCAACCGGGCGAGAGGCAAGAACGGCGCGUUGAAGAAGUACCUGAGGAAGCAGAGGAAGAAGAACAUCAUCGACGAGAAGAGGAUGAAGGUGGACGCCAUCUGGGAGCAACAACAGAAAGCGAGGGAGAAGAAGCACCAGGAGGUCGAGGCCGAUCUGGGACCGGCGCUGUCGAGAUUCGCGCGCAAGGAGUAA